ACUGCGGCGGGCGCACCGCCUCGCGCUCACAAGGCUGAUCCCGCAGUCGAGUAUCGAAGAGGGACCCGCCGCUGUCCGACAACUGCACCGCUCAGUCGCCUCCCCAAACUUUUCGUAUUCCUGCCAUGCUGCGGGGCGGCUAGCGAGGGCUGCCUCACAGGGGGGGACUAAGCUGCUGCUUGAAUAAUUAUACAUGCGUCCAGCGAACAGGAGCGCCUUAGGAGCAACCCGCAAAAAAGUCGUCUUCCUUCGUUUCCUGGUUUCCUCGCCGGGUCACCGGGACCGUUGAGCGCGUGCUCAGUAGUAGCUGUGGCCUUGACAGUACCUAUUAACCCUGACCAAAAGUGUACCAGUGCUCGACCGGGGGGUUUUCGUACAUCUGUCUGCCUACGAGAAAGUGAAAGAGAUGCUGUGACUGGUUUCUUGGGCUUCCGAGUCGGGUGACGCAGAAAAUCGUGCGUAUCCCCAUCCGGGUGACAUGUUGACAGGCGAUUCGCUCAUCAAUCGGGUAACGUACCUGUAUUAAAACUGAAUUCUGAUUUUAAAAGUUGAGGAUCAUGUUUUCAUGCUUCGGUUUAGAAAUAUAAUGAAGAGAAUGAAGUAGCUGGACAUCAAAAGUAGUAUACCUGUCAUGGAUGAAGCUGCGCUAGUUUAAUUGUGAAGCUCGUAAUGUUUGGCGAGUUCUGAAACCAUUCCGACCGUUGACAGUAUUUGUCAGGAUGAGCCACUCCGAUACUCACCCACAGUCUCAAAGCUUUGUGUGACUGUGACCUCGUGCAUCAAAGACCUUCCACCAAACGGACAGAUCAAGAAAUAAAUCUUGCCGAACCACGAACUGUAGUGAUGUUGCCACCAGACCCAGAAAUGGCCGUUAACGGGCCUCCUGACCCCAAAACUGUAGAAGCAGAACCUGAGCUGCACUCUUGCAUCACCCGGCCCUUAUCUCCCCUUCUUCUGGACAACUCGCCCGAGCGCCUGUCUCUCUGCCCCGGACCUACGUCACCGGGCAAGAAGCGUGUGCGAAUCAGCGACUCCACCAGCGUCAUGCUCAUUCAUGACGUCAGCGAGUCGCGGCAUCGUCGGCAACACAGCGAUGACGUAGAUGGGAUCGGUGACGUGAGCAGCGGUCUCAUGAACUCUCACGAAAGCCCGAGAGCCAGGAAAGAAUUGAGUUUUCAAGGCGGAGAAAAUAAUGCUGAUCUCCAUGGCAACAAAGAGUUGGUGUUCUUGAGAAGGCAGCAGGUCGGUGAGGAGUAUGGGGAGUACAAGGAGUACAUCGACGGGCCAGGCAGAGACGAGGAGUAUACCAUCAGCACCUUGGACAAACUUACCUUUCCCCCGGUUGUACAGACCACAGUCGCCAACAGCCUUCACAGCAGUAGCACGGGUUCCCCCGACUCCUUGUCCCCCUAUCGGGACUCCUGCAAUCGCGUGCUUGUUUUGCACGACCCCCAGGGUCAAGGCCUGGGGUCACCCCUGGACGUACCCAACAACGCCAUCUUCGUCACAGAUCACGUCACGGGCUGGCCACUGAAACGAUCCCCCAGCUUGGAGAGCCGCGACAACCCAUUUCAACCAGACGGGGAUCUGAGAAAAGAGGUGGAAGAACUGUUGAAGCGAGCGACCAUCGUGCGCGACAAGUUCUACCUGACGGAGGAUGAGAAGUCUCGGCAGCAAGAACUGCUAGCCAGGGGAGACUACUCCCCUGUCACCAAAGAACACACGACCGUGGAUGGCGUGCUGACGAGCGGCGGUCCGGACACCAGUCCUCGUGCGGUGCACGAGAGGAUCGCUCCCCCUACGACCACGACAACCACACAGGCGGCAGCGGCGUCACCCCCUCCUCAUCCCCGGGAGAACGGCAAGGCCACGGGGCCGGACGAGGUAGCGGGCCCUGAGACAUCCCCCGAUGGAGUCAGGGUGGACGUAGGGGGCUCCCCCACUGCCGACGGCCCCCGGGGGGCUGGGAACACUGACAGUUCCGGCGAGCAGCAGGAAAAAGACAAAGCCAAGCGGCGCCCCAAGUGCUGUGUUGUGAUGUAGCGGCGAGCCAGGACCUCGCGCUUACGUCAUCACGGUGUCCAGAUGCGCCUCACGUUCCACCACCGUGUGAAACCUCGCAGACGGACGAGGGCGCGCAGCGCGCGCUUUGCACGUGACGCCGCGUUUCGAGCCAGACGGAACCUAGAGAGUUUGUGAUGUCAUCAUCAUCCGGGACUGUUUAUGUUUCCAACUACGAGCAGAGCGUGUGUUAACAUGGACUUAACCUAUUGCAAUGUCUCUCCCACGUGAUUGAUAAAAGAGAGAAAACUUUUUUUUUCCUAAACCAGUGGGGAUCUUCCUUGUGUUACUGAGAUCCAAACGGAUCCUUCGUAACACGCUUUUGUUCGCUCGGCUUCGUGGACUACGCGGCUAGCUUUUUGGGAUUCAUGUCGUCACUUCCGGUACUCGUGUCUGCCAACAGUCGUCGCGCCGGGGAGGGGUUGGGGGAAAGUCGCCCAGGGAGAGGCAAAAGUCGGGGCAGACGAUUUCCAUACGGAUGUAUUCCAUGCAUAAUCCGGUCUGCCUCCCGGAACGAUGGGAUUGAGUGAUGAGGCUAGCAAGAGGAAGUUUGCUGCUUUCCAAGGGAUAUCAUAAAUCGAUGUGUGCUGCAUGUGUUAAGUUGCUCGAUUCUACCCUCCCUCUCCUCGCCAAGCACAUCUGGUUUGUCUCAUCUUCAAUGUGUGUAUGUCACAAACGUCAACAGUCUGGUGGAAAUCCUUCCGAGGUUCUCACCACAGUGGAACUCUUAACGCAUUGUGGAGUUUGACAACGGAUUUAACUUUUGUUUAUUUGUUUUUUAGUGCAUCAGACUGCUACUCCAUUCGCCAUUCACGCUUUUAAUACCCUUUUUUUUUUUUGCAGAUGUUACGUUUUUAAUUUGUUUUGUUUUGUUUUAUAUUUUAAAAGAUUGAUUUUAUGAUGUCCUUCGCACCUCCACACCCUCGCCAAGCAUUUUCUGUCUGAAGGUGCUGUCAUCGUUUUACCUUGCCUGCUCACCAUGUGAAUGAUGUCAUGCGGAAGAUUUGAUCUCGAUGUCUUUAAAUGUGAAGCUCUUUGUCCUUAUGUUAGCGAGUCCGUUCGACUCUCUGUGGCUGUGCAUUGCAAGCGUUGUUCCUUUGAUCAGAAAGAGCAGAAAUAAAAUAAAGACGAGCUGGCAUGAGAAGAGGUUAUUUCCCUCCCCCCUACGAUCGCGCCUCGUCCUCCCCUUCCCCCCUGCUGUCAUGUUUUGUCUCGGACUGGAAUGCUGUCAACUCACAAACGUGAGCUCUACUUGGUGAAUGACGAGUGAAUGAGCAGAGCCCCAGGUUUGGUGGGAGGGGGGACCAUACUGGUUCUUCGCAGGCUAGCCAAUAUGACGUCAUCAAAGUAUAUCACACUCACGUGUGUGUGGCCAGGAUGCUGCCAAGCCACAUUUCACACAGAGAGGCAACAGACUGUCAUCGUGAAGAGUAGACCCUCCACUGAAAUAAGUGGCAGACGAAGCGAUGCCAUGUGACCGGACAGUGUAAACCACGCGACUCAAUCUUUUCCCCCUUCUCUGUUAAAAGGGGAUUAUUCCUCCUCCCCCACCCUUCCAAAAAAAAAAAACUUUUUCCGAUUUGGGUUAGUAUGUACCACGUUAGCAUAUUCUGGCCACAAAGAGGUCGCGUAGGUUCUGGCCACUAAAAGACAGGACACUUGAGCCCUUUAUUCUUCCUUCAUUCCCAUAGAAGUUUUGCACGCAGCAGACAAUGUUUGGCGCACGAAGUCUACGGUGAUAUCACAUACUCUGCAUUUUUACAUAUUGGCUCACAGGGUUAAACUAAAGCAAAUGAUGUUCAAGAGUGUAGAGAUACUUAAAAAUAAUUGUCUACUUCAAGAAUACUUUGUUUUGAACUAACGUCUUUAGUUCCGUGUGGAGAUGAACUGCAGACAUCGAUAGGAAACAGAUCAACGCCUGCCCUUGUCUGACACUGACACCGAGGAAAGCUUGAAAGACAUUUUUACAAUUUAAAGCUAACCUCAAGUAAAUCUGUAUCAUCGGUACCCGAUGUUCAUCCGCCAUCAUGUAUGUACUGGCUCAGGUCGGCAAAUAUACCAAGAGAGAUAACUGCUAUCUGUGAUCUGCUAGGGAUGGAAACGACGGGCGUUCUUACUUCCCUUUAUUAAGAGACUCGCCAUGUGGAGGAUAGCAGUAGUCUUUGCUCCUGUCAACCGUCGCUAAAAAAAGGAAACUAACAGAAUACCUAGGAACAAGUAGUGCCAGACAAACCAGUUUUUAUUUGGCUUUUGUUAUCUGUUCAAUAUUUAUUUAUCAUAGUGCUGCUUGUUGCAAUUUUCACGGUCAUUUUUUUUUCUUUUUAGCAGUAGUUGCUGGAUGAACGAAGGUGCGUUAGCUUUUAAACAUUUUAUAUCCAGAUAAAACAUUCUUUUCCACAAUGUUUUCUGAAGCAUUCUUUAAAAAAAAUAGUGUGAACUUUAUAUUUAUUAUAUUUUAUGGGGAUUUCUAAUAAACUUUUAUGGUUUUUUUGUGGGGAGGGGAUGUUGCAUAUCCGCUGAAGGCUGCAUUUUUCUGUCCUGAAGUGGACUUGAAUGUAAAUAUUUAUAUCAAUGCAACCACCACCGGCUAUACUUGUAGCGUAUCUGUUUGCACGUAAAUGUUUCAUGCAUUUCUUUUUAAAUCAUCACAAGCAGCUUUAAGUCCGUCGUGAAACGGAAUCAUGAGUAUGCAAACUAUAAAAAAAAAUGAAGCAAAGAAAAUACAUGUUAUGCACUUGCUUGCAACUUGAUCAUUUUAUCAUCUCAUGCAUAAUUUUAUAUACAUUUUUUUUAAAUUGUCUUUUGCGCAUGUUCUUUUCUGUCCGGCCUGGUUCUUCCGGUAUCUGUUAACGGACGUCCUGACAGUACUGUUCACCUUCUCUGUGUAAACUGCUUCGGUUCAGUACUUGUAGUUGCAUGAUGAGCUAGGGGGGAAGAUGGCGAACACCUGUUUUUAAACCACCACCACCCGACAUGUGAUGUUAGCAAGACACCUACACACGCAUACAGCCCUUGUAUUCAAUCCAACCCUUGUAUUUAAACUCUUCCAGGUCUAAUCCGACAGAGAACAGCCAUGUGUCGUGAGAAUUUCACAUCAACCCCAACAGGGAUAAAUACUGCUACAUUAUGACCUGACAUGUUUCCUGGAUGGCCGUUAUAAACAGUUAUUGCUGGACACACCCAGUGCUCACAGCGAGCACCUGGCCGAGCGUACUACGGACAUCGCGACUGAGGCUUCAGACCCGAGGGCAAAUUAUAUAAUAAUGCAACUACAAUCUCUGGACAGGUGUUUUAAACGGUUUGUGGCAUAUGCGUUAUUCUGGCCGGACUUGAUGACGUCAGUGACGUAUGCAUGAUUAUGGGGAAGAAGUGAGCAGAGUACAGAAGGAUGCAGGUGAUUAGUUUGUCCAUAGUCUCAGUUAUUAAACAGAUGCUUGAUCAUUUCAAUGCCGUUUGUGUUUAUGUUAUUUUAUUCUUUUUUUUUCUUUUUGAGUCGUGCAUCGUUGCUUAGUCCGCCUGAAUAAAACUUCAGAAUGCUGUCUGGCUAUCUCAACACCAA